GUGGGUAAAGUGACAGGUGUCACAACUCCAGCCUCCCCUUUUCUGAAAGUCGCGGAGUUCUAUUUCAUCUGGAAUAAUGGAUGUAAAGGACCGGCGACAUCGCUCUUUGACCAGGGGACGGUGUGGCAAAGAGUGUCGCUACACCAGCUCCUCUCUGGACAGUGAGGACUGCCGUGUGCCCACUCAGAAGUCCUACAGUUCCAGCGAGACCUUGAAGGCUUAUGACCAUGACAGCAGAAUGCACUAUGGAAACCGAGUCACAGACCUGGUGCACCGGGAGUCCGAUGAGUUUUCUAGACAAGGGACAAACUUCACCCUGGCAGAACUGGGAAUCUGCGAGCCCUCCCCACACCGAAGUGGUUACUGUUCCGACAUGGGUAUCCUCCACCAGGGCUACUCCCUGAGCACUGGGUCUGAUGCAGACUCAGACACCGAGGGAGGGAUGUCUCCAGAACAUGCCAUCAGACUGUGGGGACGAGGGAUAAAAUCCAGACGCAGCUCUGGCUUGUCCAGCCGCGAGAACUCAGCCCUUACUCUGACUGACUCUGACAAUGAAAAUAAAUCCGAUGACGACAAUGGUCGUCCCAUUCCACCUACAUCCUCGUCUAGCCUCCUCCCAUCUGCUCAGCUGCCUAGCUCCCAUAAUCCUCCACCAGUUAGCUGCCAGAUGCCAUUGCUAGACAGCAACACCUCCCAUCAGAUCAUGGACACCAACCCUGAUGAGGAAUUCUCCCCCAAUUCAUACCUGCUCAGAGCAUGCUCAGGGCCCCAGCAAGCCUCCAGCAGUGGCCCUCCGAACCACCACAGCCAGUCAACACUGAGGCCCCCUCUGCCGCCCCCUCAUAACCACACCCUGUCCCACCACCAUUCCUCGGCCAACUCCCUCAACAGGAACUCACUGACCAAUCGGCGGAGUCAAAUCCACGCCCCAGCUCCUGCGCCCAACGACCUGGCCACCACCCCAGAGUCUGUUCAGCUCCAGGAUAGCUGGGUGCUGAACAGUAACGUCCCACUGGAGACUCGGCACUUCCUCUUCAAGACGUCGUCUGGAAGCACACCCCUGUUCAGCAGCUCUUCUCCGGGAUACCCUUUGACCUCAGGGACCGUUUAUACACCACCACCCCGCCUGCUGCCACGGAAUACAUUCUCCAGGAAGGCCUUCAAGCUGAAGAAACCCUCCAAAUACUGCAGUUGGAAAUGCGCUGCCCUGUCUGCCAUCGCCGCCGCCCUCCUCUUGGCCAUUUUGCUGGCAUAUUUCAUAGCAAUGCAUCUGCUCGGACUCAAUUGGCAACUCCAGCCGGCAGAUGGACACACCUUUAACAAUGGCGUAAGGACCGGCUUACCAGGAAACGAUGAUGUGGCAACAGUGCCAUCUGGAGGCAAAGUGCCCUGGUCAUUGAAAAACAGCAGCAUAGACAGUGGCGAAGCAGAAGUUGGUCGGCGGGUGACACAGGAAGUCCCACCAGGGGUGUUUUGGAGGUCCCAGAUUCACAUCAGUCAGCCUCAGUUCUUAAAGUUCAACAUCUCCUUGGGGAAGGAUGCCCUCUUCGGUGUCUAUAUAAGGAGAGGACUACCACCGUCUCAUGCCCAGUAUGACUUCAUGGAACGCCUGGAUGGAAAGGAGAAAUGGAGUGUGGUGGAGUCACCCAGGGAACGCCGGAGCAUCCAGACUCUGGUGCAGAACGAGGCUGUCUUUGUGCAGUACUUAGAUGUGGGCCUGUGGCACCUAGCCUUCUACAAUGACGGCAAGGACAAGGAGAUGGUCUCCUUCAACACUGUUGUCUUAGAUUCAGUGCAGGACUGUCCACGGAACUGUCACGGGAACGGCGAAUGCGUGUCUGGACUGUGUCACUGUUUCCCAGGAUUCCUAGGUGCAGACUGUGCUAAAGCUGCCUGCCCUGUACUGUGCAGCGGGAAUGGACAGUAUUCCAAAGGAACGUGCCAGUGCUACAGCGGCUGGAAAGGCGCAGAGUGUGAUGUGCCUAUGAACCAAUGUAUCGAUCCUUCCUGUGGGGGCCAUGGCUCCUGCAUUGAUGGGAACUGCGUGUGUGCUGCUGGCUACAAGGGCGAGCACUGUGAGGAAGUUGAUUGCUUGGAUCCCACCUGUUCCAGCCAUGGUGUCUGUGUGAAUGGAGAGUGUCUAUGCAGCCCCGGCUGGGGUGGUCUCAACUGUGAGCUGGCGAGGGUCCAGUGCCCAGACCAGUGUAGUGGGCACGGCACUUACCUCCCUGACUCCGGCCUCUGCAGCUGUGAUCCGAACUGGAUGGGUCCCGACUGCUCUGUUGUGUGCUCAGUAGACUGUGGCACUCACGGCGUCUGCAUCGGGGGAGCCUGCCGCUGUGAAGAGGGCUGGACAGGCGCAGCUUGUGACCAGCGCGUGUGCCACCCCCGCUGCAUUGAGCACGGGACCUGUAAAGAUGGCAAAUGUGAAUGCCGAGAGGGCUGGAAUGGUGACCACUGCACCAUUGAUGGCUGCCCUGAUUUGUGCAACGGUAACGGGAGAUGCACACUGGGUCAGAACAGCUGGCAGUGUGUCUGCCAGACCGGCUGGAGAGGGCCUGGAUGCAACGUUGCCAUGGAAACCUCCUGCGCUGAUAACAAGGAUAAUGAGGGAGAUGGCCUGGUGGACUGCCUGGACCCUGACUGCUGCCUACAGUCAGCCUGUCAGAACAGCCUGCUCUGCCGGGGGUCUCGGGACCCCUUGGACAUCAUUCAGCAAGGUCAGACAGACUGGCCUGCAGUGAAGUCCUUCUAUGACCGCAUCAAGCUCUUGGCAGGCAAGGACAGCACCCACAUCAUUCCUGGAGACAACCCCUUCAAUAGCAGCCUGGUGUCUCUGAUCCGAGGCCAAGUAGUAACCAUGGAUGGGACUCCCUUGGUGGGUGUGAAUGUGUCUUUUGUCAAGUACCCAAAAUAUGGCUACACCAUCACUCGCCAGGAUGGCACGUUUGACCUGAUUGCCAAUGGGGGUUCUGCCUUGACUCUUCACUUUGAGCGAGCCCCUUUCAUGAGCCAGGAGCGCACAGUGUGGCUGCCAUGGAACAGCUUCUAUGCCAUGGACACCCUGGUAAUGAAGACGGAGGAAAACUCCAUCCCCAGCUGUGACCUCAGUGGCUUUGUCCGGCCAGAUCCAAUCAUCAUCUCCUCUCCUCUGUCCACCUUCUUCAGCGCUUCCCCUGCCUCGAACCCCAUUGUGCCUGAGACCCAGGUUCUUCAUGAAGAAAUUGAGCUCCCUGGUACCAAUGUGAAGCUCCGUUAUCUCAGCUCUAGAACUGCAGGAUACAAGUCGCUGCUGAAGAUCACCAUGACGCAGUCCACAGUGCCCUUGAACCUCAUCAGGGUUCACCUGAUGGUUGCUGUAGAGGGGCAUCUCUUCCAGAAGUCAUUCCAGGCUUCUCCCAACCUGGCCUACACAUUCAUCUGGGACAAGACAGAUGCUUAUGGCCAAAGGGUUUAUGGCCUAUCGGAUGCUGUUGUGUCUGUUGGGUUUGAAUAUGAGACCUGCCCCAGUCUUAUCCUGUGGGAGAAAAGGACAGCCCUGCUUCAGGGAUUCGAGCUGGACCCUUCCAACCUUGGAGGCUGGUCCCUGGACAAACACCACACCCUCAAUGUGAAAAGCGGAAUACUACACAAAGGGACAGGGGAGAACCAGUUCCUGACCCAGCAGCCUGCCAUCAUCACGAGCAUCAUGGGCAAUGGUCGCCGCAGAAGCAUCUCCUGUCCCAGCUGCAAUGGCCUUGCUGAAGGCAACAAACUGUUAGCCCCCGUGGCCCUGGCUGUGGGGAUCGAUGGGAGCCUCUUUGUUGGUGACUUCAACUAUAUCCGGCGCAUCUUUCCCUCUCGAAAUGUGACCAGUAUCUUGGAGUUACGAAAUAAAGAGUUUAAACAUAGCAACAGCCCAGGACACAAAUACUACUUGGCUGUGGACCCCGUGACCGGCUCACUCUACGUCUCUGACACCAACAGUCGCCGAAUCUACCGAGUCAAGUCUCUGAGCGGAGCCAAAGACCUGGCUGGAAAUUCGGAAGUUGUGGCAGGGACUGGCGAACAAUGUCUACCCUUUGAUGAAGCCCGCUGUGGGGAUGGAGGAAAGGCUGUGGACGCCACCCUGAUGAGCCCCAGAGGUAUUGCAGUAGACAAGAAUGGGCUUAUGUACUUUGUUGAUGCCACCAUGAUCCGGAAGGUGGACCAAAACGGAAUCAUCUCCACCCUGCUGGGCUCCAAUGACCUCACAGCUGUCCGACCACUGAGCUGUGACUCUAGCAUGGACGUGGCCCAGGUCCGUCUAGAAUGGCCGACAGACCUCGCCGUCAACCCCAUGGACAACUCCUUGUACGUUCUGGAGAACAACGUCAUCCUGCGGAUCACGGAGAACCACCAGGUCAGCAUCAUCGCAGGACGGCCUAUGCACUGCCAAGUUCCCGGCAUCGACUACUCGCUCAGCAAACUUGCCAUCCACUCUGCGCUGGAAUCAGCCAGCGCCAUUGCCAUUUCUCACACCGGGGUGCUCUACAUCACUGAGACGGACGAGAAGAAGAUCAACCGUCUACGCCAAGUCACCACCAAUGGAGAGAUCUGCCUCUUAGCCGGGGCGGCCUCAGACUGUGACUGCAAAAACGAUGUCAACUGCAUCUGCUACUCGGGAGAUGACGCUUACGCCACGGACGCCAUCCUGAACUCGCCGUCCUCCUUAGCCGUGGCUCCGGAUGGCACCAUCUACAUUGCAGACCUUGGGAAUAUCCGGAUCAGGGCAGUCAGCAAAAAUAAACCUGUUCUUAACGCAUUCAACCAGUAUGAAGCUGCAUCUCCGGGAGAACAGGAAUUGUACGUGUUCAACGCUGAUGGCAUCCAUCAGUACACUGUGAGCCUGGUGACUGGGGAGUACUUGUACAAUUUCACAUACAGCGCUGACAAUGACGUCACCGAGUUGAUUGACAACAACGGGAAUUCCCUAAAGAUCCGCCGGGACAGCAGUGGCAUGCCCCGCCACCUGCUCAUGCCAGAUAAUCAGAUUAUCACCCUUACCGUGGGCAACAAUGGAGGCCUCAAAGCUGUGUCCACUCAGAACCUGGAGCUGGGCCUCAUGACUUAUGAUGGGAACACUGGACUCCUAGCCACCAAGAGUGAUGAAACCGGAUGGACAACUUUUUAUGACUAUGACCACGAGGGCCGUCUGACCAAUGUGACCCGCCCCACGGGGGUGGUGACCAGUCUGCACCGGGAAAUGGAGAAGUCUAUCACCAUUGACAUUGAGAACUCCAACCGGGAUGAUGACGUCACUGUGAUCACCAACCUCUCCUCCGUGGAGGCCUCCUAUACAGUGGUACAAGAUCAAGUGCGAAACAGCUACCAGCUCUGCAAUAAUGGAACCCUGCGGGUGAUGUACGCCAACGGCAUGGCUGUCAGCUUCCACAGUGAGCCCCACGUCCUCGCAGGCACCAUCACCCCCACCAUUGGGCGCUGCAACAUCUCUCUGCCCAUGGAGAAUGGCCUGAACUCCAUCGAGUGGCGCCUGAGGAAGGAACAGAUCAAAGGCAAAGUCACCAUCUUUGGGAGGAAGCUUCGGGUCCACGGAAGGAAUCUCCUGUCCAUUGAUUAUGACCGAAAUAUCCGUACGGAGAAGAUCUACGAUGACCACCGGAAAUUCACCCUGAGGAUCAUCUAUGACCAGGUGGGCCGCCCCUUCCUGUGGCUCCCAAGCAGUGGGCUGGCAGCCGUCAAUGUCUCCUACUUCUUCAAUGGGCGCUUGGCCGGCCUCCAGCGAGGGGCCAUGAGCGAGAGGACAGACAUUGACAAGCAAGGCCGGAUUGUGUCCCGCAUGUUCGCCGACGGGAAAGUCUGGAGCUAUUCCUAUCUUGACAAGUCCAUGGUCCUUCUGCUACAGAGCCAACGUCAGUACAUAUUUGAAUAUGACUCCUCUGAUCGCCUCCACGCAGUCACUAUGCCCAGUGUCGCCCGGCACAGCAUGUCCACGCACACCUCCAUUGGUUACAUCCGAAAUAUUUACAACCCACCCGAAAGCAAUGCAUCGGUCAUCUUUGACUACAGUGAUGACGGCCGCAUCCUAAAGACAUCUUUCUUGGGCACUGGGCGCCAGGUGUUCUACAAGUAUGGAAAACUCUCCAAGUUAUCGGAGAUAGUCUACGACAGCACAGCCGUCACCUUUGGGUAUGACGAGACCACCGGUGUCCUGAAGAUGGUCAAUCUCCAAAGUGGGGGGUUCUCCUGUACCAUCAGGUACCGAAAGGUUGGGCCCCUUGUGGACAAGCAGAUUUACAGGUUCUCUGAGGAAGGAAUGAUCAAUGCCAGGUUUGAUUAUACCUAUCAUGACAAUAGCUUCCGCAUUGCCAGCAUCAAGCCCGUCAUUAGUGAGACUCCCCUUCCUGUUGACCUCUACCGCUAUGACGAGAUUUCCGGCAAGGUGGAACACUUUGGCAAGUUUGGGGUCAUCUACUACGACAUCAACCAGAUCAUCACCACUGCCGUCAUGACGCUUAGCAAGCACUUUGACACCCAUGGGCGCAUCAAGGAAGUGCAAUAUGAGAUGUUCCGGUCCCUCAUGUACUGGAUGACUGUGCAAUAUGACAGUAUGGGUAGGGUCAUCAAGAGGGAACUGAAACUGGGGCCCUAUGCCAACACCACAAAGUACACCUAUGACUAUGACGGGGACGGCCAGCUCCAGAGUGUGGCAGUCAAUGACCGACCUACCUGGCGCUAUAGCUAUGACCUCAAUGGGAACCUGCACCUGCUAAACCCAGGAAACAGCGCUCGCCUCAUGCCCUUACGCUAUGACCUCCGUGACCGGAUAACCAGGCUAGGGGACGUGCAGUACAAAAUCGAUGAUGAUGGUUAUUUGUGCCAGAGAGGGUCAGACAUCUUUGAAUACAACUCCAAGGGCCUUCUGACGAGAGCGUACAACAAGGCCAGCGGAUGGAGCGUGCAGUACCGCUAUGAUGGAGUGGGCCGCCGGGCUUCCUACAAGACCAACCUGGGCCACCACCUACAGUACUUCUACUCCGACCUCCACAACCCCACACGUAUCACCCAUGUUUACAACCACUCCAACUCUGAGAUCACCUCACUCUACUAUGACCUCCAGGGCCACCUCUUUGCCAUGGAGAGCAGUAGUGGUGAAGAAUACUAUGUCGCCUCAGACAACACGGGGACCCCUCUGGCUGUGUUCAGUAUCAAUGGCCUCAUGAUCAAGCAACUGCAGUACACAGCCUAUGGGGAGAUCUACUAUGACUCCAACCCAGACUUCCAGAUGGUCAUUGGCUUCCACGGAGGCCUCUAUGACCCCCUCACCAAGCUUGUCCACUUCACUCAGCGUGAUUAUGACGUGCUGGCAGGACGGUGGACGUCCCCCGACUACACCAUGUGGAGGAACGUGGGCAAGGAACCAGCCCCCUUCAACCUGUACAUGUUCAAGAACAAUAAUCCCCUCAGCAAUGAGCUGGACUUAAAGAACUACGUGACAGACGUGAAGAGCUGGCUUGUGAUGUUUGGAUUUCAGCUCAGCAACAUCAUUCCUGGAUUCCCAAGAGCCAAAAUGUAUUUUGUGCCUCCCCCCUAUGAACUGUCAGAGAGUCAAGCAAGUGAGAACGGACAGCUCAUUACAGGUGUCCAGCAGACAACAGAGAGGCAUAACCAGGCCUUCCUGGCUCUGGAAGGGCAGGUCAUCACUAAAAAGCUCCAUGCCAGCAUCCGAGAGAAAGCAGGCCACUGGUUUGCUACCACCACACCCAUCAUCGGCAAAGGCAUCAUGUUUGCCAUCAAAGAAGGGCGGGUGACCACAGGAGUGUCUAGCAUCGCCAGUGAGGACAGCCGCAAGGUAGCAUCCGUGUUGAACAAUGCCUACUACUUAGACAAGAUGCACUACAGCAUCGAGGGCAAGGACACACACUACUUUGUGAAGAUAGGUGCCGCGGAUGGUGACCUGGUCACGCUAGGAACCACCAUUGGGCGCAAGAUGCUGGAGAGUGGGGUGAACGUGACGGUGUCGCAGCCCACGCUGCUGGUGAAUGGCAGGACUCGAAGGUUCACCAACAUUGAGUUCCAGUACUCCACGCUGCUGCUCAGUAUUCGCUACGGCCUCACCCCCGACACGCUGGACGAAGAAAAGGCCCGCGUCCUGGACCAAGCGAGACAGAGAGCCCUGGGUACUGCCUGGGCCAAGGAGCAGCAGAAAGCCAGGGACGGGAGAGAGGGCAGCCGCCUGUGGACGGAGGGCGAGAAGCAGCAACUCCUGAGCACGGGACGGGUACAAGGUUAUGAGGGCUAUUACGUACUUCCGGUGGAACAGUACCCGGAGCUGGCAGACAGUAGCAGCAACAUCCAGUUCUUAAGACAGAAUGAGAUGGGAAAGAGGUAACAAAAUAACCUGCUGCCACCUCUUCUCUGGGUGGCUCAGCAGGAGCAACUGUGACCUCCUCUCCUAAGGAGACGAAGACCUAACGGGGCACUGAGGCCGGGCUGCUUUAGGAUCCCAAGUGGCAAGAAAGCUCACAUUUUUUGAGUUCAAAUGCUACUGUCUAAGCGCAAAGUCCCUCAUCCUGAAGUAGACUAGAGCCCGGCCACAAAUUCUGAGGAAAAACAAAAACUAAAGGAUGAACGAACGAACGAAUGAAAACACACACAAAAUGUUUCAAGUUCCCCUAAAAUAUGACCCACUUGUUCCGGGUCUAAGGCAGAAAAGAGACGCAGAAUAGCCAAAAGGAAAGGAACAGAAAAGAAACAAAU